CCGACUACUACGCACGUACGUUCUUUAGGGCUGCUACCGAGAAGCCUCUUUUCGUUUUGGUACUUUUUCCUGUUUCCACUGCCGAAUAGGUGCCUGCCGACAACCGCACACCUGUCAUUGCUGGACCUGUAUGGUUAGAUUUGCCUAGUAACUCGGACCAGGAUCUGUCGCUUGUGCAGCAUCUACGCAUAACCGUUAAGGCUUCGAAAGGACCGCUGUUCGUUGUUUUCCUACUACUAGCACAAUGAAGUUUGGGAAACAUAUCCAGAAAAGGCAACUGGAUAUUCCAGAAUAUGCUGCCAAUUUCGUCGACUACAAGGCGCUCAAGAAGCUUAUCAAAAAGCUCAGCGCCACUCCGGUGAUAGCACCGCAGGGCGAGGGCAGCCAUGGACACGAUGCACUGGAUCCGCAAACCUCCUUACAGGCGAACAAGGCUACUUUCUUCUUCCGAGUGGAACGUGAACUUGAAAAGGUCAAUACCUUCUACCUGCAAAAAGAGGCUGAGUUGCGCCUACGGUUGACCACUCUUCUCGAUAAGAAAAGGGUCAUGCAACAGCACCCUCACUCUGUCUCUAAGACAUCCUCGCGGUACAUUGCACUUGAAGAGGGACUAAAACAGUUUAGCAUGGAUCUGAACAAGCUUGAGCAAUUUGUCGAAGUGAACGAGACGGCAUUUUCCAAGAUUCUGAAGAAGUGGGACAAAACCUCAAAAUCAAGAGAAAAACAGCUCUACCUCUCUCGCGCCGUCGAAGUCCAACCGUGCUUCAAUCGCGAGGUCAUCAGUACCCUCUCCGACCAAGCAACGCAAGCACUCCUCGAUUUCUCCGGAUGGGCCGAAGGCGAAGGAGUGCAAGCACCUCACCCAACAGCUGAACCUCGCGUCUCGGAACCCGCAUUCGAGGCAAAGCUCGAGCUUGACAACCAGUUCGUCCAAGCUAUAAAUACUGCGAAUAGAGGAAAGAUCGAAGAAUGCCUCGUGCGCUUAUCAACCCUUCCCGACGCACGCGAUCAUGUGUCCAGAGCAUUUCUUAGCACCGUCGCAGAAGCACCAGAAGCCGCGCUAAAAAUUCUACUCGAUUCUAACCUAGUGAAUCUCAGACAGGAAGAUGAGAUCAAUGAGCGAAAUUGUCUUCAUAAAUCCGCUAUCAGCGGGCGAAUCGAGGUACUCAGACUUGGAAUAUCCAGCAAUGUGGACGUUCACGCAACCGACGUGUACGGCCGGAUACCCUUACACUAUGCCUGUAUGCAUGGCCAUGUGGAGCUCGUUCCAGAACUCAUCAACGCCGCCCCUGACACGGUGAACUUCCGUGAUCAGGAUAGCUUUACUCCGUUGAUACUUGCCAUCGUACAUUCACAACUGGCCUGUGUGGAGACGUUACUGUCCAGGGGAGCUGAUCUCAGUCGCUUGGGGCCUGGGGAGCAUGUUCCGCUCAACCUCGCAUGCCAAUAUGCGUCGCUAGAGAUUCAGGAGCUUCUCCUUCAACGCUCAGCUGAGAUGAUUUCUGAUGCUGAGGGGCUUUUCCCACAGCAUCUCGUGGCUAGAUCAGGAAAGACCCCACAAUCGCUGUUAUUGCUACAGAAGUACGGAGCCAACCUAGAUCAGCCAGACAAGCUCUACCAGUGGACACCACUGUUCCACGCGGCGAGCGAAGGGCAUGUGGAAUGUCUCCAAACACUACUCCAGUGUGGAGUAGACGUAGACAUCGUGGACGAAAAAAGCUUGUCUGCGAUGUACUAUGCGACUUGGGAAGGUCACCUCGAGUGCAUGCAGUUGCUCGCCUCCGUUGGGCGCGGAGUUGGGUUAAUUACACAGAAACAAGUCUCUCCCCAAAUUGUUAGCCAAACAAUCUCCAGCUCAAUUUCUACUUCUAUGGACGUCGACGGCGACAUAGAUGGUAUUCCCGAAUUCAUUCUCCCGCCACCAAUCAUCCCAUUCAGAAGAUAUGGACACAAUUUUCUGGACACGAAGACCUUUGUAGUCAUUAGCUUUGAGAGGCUCGGCAAGGAGGCGAUACGAUUCUAUGACGAAUCAAAAUAUCCCGCCGCACGACUCACCAUUUCCUCUAAAAGCUCCGACCUUAUACCUCGCAACAUUCUCCUACCGAUACAAGAUGAAUUCAAGGUCAUCUCUUUCCAGAUCGAGAAUAUCGAUACCUUCUCGAUCGAUUUUGACGUCUACCCCACUAUCGGAUCGAGGGUUAUUGCACGCAGCGUGGCUUCAUCGAAAGUCUUCACAGAACGGUCGAAAAGUACUGGACGAUGGCAUCUAGAAUUGUUCGACCCGAGGCUUCGGGCCAUUGGAAGAGUCACUUUCGACUUCCAGGUUGUUAAGCCUUUCCACGGCAUCCCGCUAGAGAUUACUCAUUUUGCAACGUAUUGGAAGGCCACUAGCCAGCUCGAUUCGCAACCCCAUACUCUCAUCACUGGCUCAAGUCUCUCUGGGGAAUACGUACGCUUGUUUGUACAGCUGACAGCUGAUGGUGUACCAGUAUUACACCCGAGAUGGAAGAUUGAUUACCAAGGCUUAGAGGUCCCCGUCAACAUCCUCACAUAUGCGCAAUUUUCAGCGAUCGGUGCGCACCAGAACGCUGCAAGUGCCAGUCAGCUUGCUGCUGGAUUAACUAACGCUACUUCCAACGAGAUUCCUGCCAUCUACCAGACAAUGGCAUCUUCCUUCAUCACUCUGAAAGAUGCUCUAGCACUCCUGCCAGCCCAUAUUCACAUCGAGCUACAUGUACUCUUCCCAUCAAGGUUGGAGGAGGAGCGUCUAAAACUUGGUCCUACACACGACAUGAAUACAUUCGCGGACAAGAUUCUAUCGGUGGUAUUCGAGCAUGCGCGGGUGUUGAGAGCGCAGGGAGCGGGAGAGAUUGACGCAACGCUGAGAAGCGUGUUGUUCAGCUCCUUUAACCAGGAUAUUUGCACUGUCAUCAACUGGAAACAGCCCAACUAUCCUGUUCUUCUUUGCAAUGAGCUCGGCGCAGAUAGUUCGCAGUCACCGUCCGGCAAUACACAUAUCGUACAGAGCAGCGGCCGCACUACGAUAUCCGUCAAAGAAGCAGUUCAGAUUGCGAAGAACAACAACUUUAUGGGUUUGAUAUGCAGCUCUCGCCUUCUGGAUCUUGCUCCCGCCCUUAUUGAAUCGAUCAAGACCGCUGGCCUAGUUCUAGUCACAGAUAUCAGCGAUUCUCGUGCCGAAAACGAAUCACGGACCAGCCUGCAUGUGGCAAACCCUCGCCGGAAGACUACACCAGAUGGAGUUGACGGAUACCUCAGGGGCGAUGGCGUGCUCUGUUUCAACGAAACUGUCGACAUGUAGAACACUGAGGUUGUCGGUCGACGGGGUUGGGUUUCGUUUCAAGGCAAUAUGGCAUUUGUGGUGAGGCUCAGAUGAUGAGGCGGUGGUGGACUUUAACUCUAGUAGCGGGUGGUGGCAAUUGUGCUAUUGAUCAUGGAUAAUGUCUGUUAGACCGUUUUUCAUUUAUGCCCAGAAGGCACGGCGUUAGGUCUAGCUAUUCAGGGCAAUAUAUGUUGCCUUGCAGAGCAACUAAGAAGAUGAGAUAGAACCGAAAGUAUUACCAUGAAGUUAUGCAAGAUAGAAAGUUUGCAAUGACCUCGAAUGCCAUUCGACAUGAUGAUAUGGAGUUUCGGCAGGGAUCUGCGUUUGCGGCGUUUUGAUUCGCGCUAGU